AGGCAGGAAGGCAAGUCAGUUUGACCGAAGAGAAGAGGGGUGGGGCCCAAUUGUCAGUGACGCCUGGUUCCAUUUCUUCCUCCUUUGUUGUUGGAUUCCAGUUCCAGGCGAGGCGAGCGGCAAAUCCAAAUCGGCACACGAGCGAGACUGCGAGUGCGAGCGCGAGCGCGAGCGCGAGCGAUUCGAUUGGAGUUGGAGACCAUCUCGCCGCCGCCGCCGCCGCCGCCUCUUCUUACUGCUGCUUGUAGAUGGCGCGGAGCAAUUGGGAGGCAGACAAGAUGCUGGAUGUGUACAUCUACGACUACCUGGUGAAGCGCAACAUGCACAACACCGCUAAGGCCUUCAUGACCGAGGGCAAGGUCGCCACCGAUCCCGUGGCCAUCGAUGCUCCUGGAGGCUUCCUCUUCGAAUGGUGGUCCAUCUUCUGGGACAUCUUCGAUGCAAGAACAAGAGACAAACCACCACAGCCUCAGCCUCAGCCUCCUCCUCCUAUUCCGAUAGACAUCAAAUCCAGGGAACAGCAGAUGAGGCUCCAGCUACUGCAACAGCAGCAGAAUGCCCACCAGCAGCGAAGAGAUCCCCCUCUCAAUGCUGCUAUGGAUGCUCUCAACUCUGAUGUUUCUGCUGUCCUCGCUUCUAAAAUGAUGCAAGACCGAAUGAGGAACCCCAAUCCCACCGAUUCCGAUGCUUCCCACCAACUCCUGGACGCUAACAGGAUUGCUCUCCUCAAACCAGCAACUAACCAAACUGGACAACUGGUUCAGGGUGCCUCGGUCAACAUGUCAGCUCUACAGCAGAUCCACUCAAGAAACCAGCAACCUGACAUGAAAGGUGAUGCUGCCAUGUCACAAAGAUCAAUGCCUACAGACCCUUCAACUUUGUAUGGAUCAGGAAUGAUGCAACCAAAAUCUGGAUUAGUUUCCACUGGAUUAAAUCAAGGUGUUGGUAGUGUACCACUGAAAGGCUGGCCUCUUACAGUCCCAGGUAUUGACCAACUCCGGUCAAAUUUAGGUGUGCAGAAGCAGUUGAUGGCAUCUCCAAACCAAUUUCAACUUUUAUCGCCACAACAACAAUUAAUUGCUCAAGCACAAUCACAGAAUGACCUUGCUAGAAUGGGUUCUCCAGCUCCAUCUGGUUCACCAAAGGUUCGACCAGAUGAAUCAGAUUAUAUGAUGAAGUUGAAGAUGGCUCAAAUGCAGCAGCCCUCAGGUCACCGUCUUAUGGAAUUACAGCAGCAGCAGCAGCAAUUGCAACAGAAUACUAGAAAACGGAAACCAACCUCUUCCGGCGCAGCUAAUAGUACAGGCACAGGAAAUACUGUUGGCCCUUCCCCACCCUCAACUCCUUCCACUCACACACCUGGUGGUGGGUUACCAGUGGCUAGCAACAUGAACAUUGUACAAAAGAGUUCAUUAAUUUGCGGUGCAGAUGGAACCAGUGGACUUGCUUCAUCCUCAAAUCAAAUGGAUAAUCUGGAUAGUUUUGUUGAUUUUGAUGAAAACGUUGAUUCAUUUUUGUCAAAUGAUGAUGGAGAUGGGCGGGACAUAUUUGCUUCAUUGAAGAAAGGGUCCUCAGAGCAGGAUUCCUUAAAGGGUCUCUCGUUGAGUGAGUUUGGUAAUAACCGUACAAGCAACAAUAAGGUUGUUUGCUGUCACUUCUCCACAGAUGGGAAAUUGCUGGCUAGUGCUGGCCAUGAGAAAAAGGUCUUCCUCUGGAAUAUGGACAAUCUUAACAUGGAUACUAAAAUAGAAGAACAUACGAACUUUAUUACAGAUAUAAGAUUCAAACCGAAUUCAACUCAGUUAGCUACAUCAUCUUCUGAUGGAACUGUUCGACUAUGGAAUGCAAUCGAACGAACUGGUGCUGUACAGACUUUUCAUGGGCAUAGUUCCCAUGUAACCUCUGUAGAUUUUCACCCGAAAUCUACAGAGGUUCUAUGCUCUUGUGACGACAAUGGAGAAAUUUGUUUCUGGAAAAUUGGUCAAAGUAAAGUUUCACGUAUCUCCAGGAUGAAACAGGGUGGUACUGGUAGGGUCAGGUUUCAGCCUCAAAUUGGACAGCUCCUAGCUGUGGCAACUGGAAGCAUUGUGAAUAUUGUUGAUGUUGAAAAGGAGGCAAGUUUGCACUCACUGCCUAAGGUUCAUACCAAUGAGGUAAACUGCAUCUGUUGGGAUGAAAAGGGUGAACGUGUGGCAUCUGUAAGUCAGGAUACUGUGAAGGUUUGGUCGGUAGCAUCAGGCGCAUGCAUCCAUGAGUUAAGAUCUCAUGGAAACCAAUACCAGUCUUGCAUAUUUCAUCCAAGAUAUCCGAAUGUUCUGAUAGUUGGUGGUUACCAGACGAUGGAGCUAUGGAGCUUGUCAGAUAAUCACAGAAACACGGUCCAGGCACAUGAAGGCCUUAUAGCUGCUUUGGCGCACUCUCAGUUCACUGGGAUGAUAGCUUCUGCGAGCCAUGACAGAUCCGUGAAACUGUGGAAAUGAAGAAGGAUUGGAGAUGAAGAGGAGAAGGGGCCUCAGCGCGACGGCUGCCAGAAUCUUAACUUGCAUAGCUUCCCAGACGUGCGUACGUAUAGAGUUUGUGUUGUUUAUUUUUGAUUCGUUGGCUUCGUUACAGAAGGUAGCCCGUAAUUUGUUAUUAUACUAGUUUAGACAAAUGAAUGACUUUUUUUACUUUAGGGGUGAGGUGUACAUGGUUGGGGCAAAAAUGUUGACAAUACUAAUCUAUGUGGAACGUGCUGUGUAAAUUAAUAAUUAAUAGAAAGAGCAAUGGAAUUUGAAGAGAAAACAUGAAUUA